CAGUGACAAAGGAAACAAAUUAAAGGGGAAAACAAGGGAAGAAAUUUUGCUAUUCAAUGGCUGCAAUUGUCAAUGUGCUUUCUACUUCUACACACAAACUUCCUCCCUCUCCAAGUUCUCAUAACUCUUCCUUCCGCAUGUGUUAUCACACCACCACAACAACAACAAGAAGAUCUGGAAACUAUGGCCCUUCCACAUGGGAUUUCACUUACAUUCAAUCACUCAACACUAAUUCUUAUACUGGUGAGAGGUUUGUUACGCGGCGCGACGUGUUGAAGGAGAAAGUGAAAGAUAUGCUGAACAAUGGAGAGAUGAAAGAAGCAGAGAAAAUAGAGAUGAUUGAUGAUCUGCAGAAGCUUGACUGUGCUUACCAUUUUGAGGACGAAAUCAUGGCAGCUUUGAUGGAUAUCUAUACCAAGAAGAGUAGUAACAAUUACAAGUCAUUAGAAGAGAAGGACCUGAAUGCCACAGCUCUUGAGUUUAGAGUUCUCAGACAAAAUGGCUUUAAUGUUUCUCCAGAGGUAUUUGAUGGUUUCAUGGAUGGAAAAAGGCUUGGUUUUGAUGCCAAUCUUUGUGAUGAUACCAAGGGAUUGCUGAACUUAUAUGAAGCAUCUUUUCUAUCAAAGGAAGGUGAUACAACUUUGGAAUUGGCUAGAGAUUUCUCUGCCAAGCAUCUCAAACAAGUCAACCGUGACCAAAAUGUCAAUGACCCAACACUAUUGCCGCUGGUGCAACGUGCCUUAGACCUCCCAUUGCACUGGAGGGUGCCCAGGAUGGAUUCUAGGUUUUUCAUUGAUUCCUACGACCUAGGAAAAACAACCUCGAAAAAUUCCCUCCUUUUGGAGUUUGCUAAACUAGAUUUCAACAUUUCUCAAGCUGUGUAUCUAGAGGAUUUGAGAUUCGUGUCCAGGUGGUGGAAUGAUUCACGUAUUAUUGAAAAGAUGGGAUUCGUGAGGGAUAGAGUGGUGGAGAAUUUCAUAUGGGCGCUCGCAAAGACCAGCAGCCCAAAGUAUUCGCACUGCAGAAGAGUAGUGGCUAAGCUCGACGCUAUUCUUUGCAUGGUUGAUGAUAUAUACGAUAUUUAUGGUACUCUAGAUGAAUUGCAGCUCUUCACCGAUGCCAUAGAAAGAUGGGACGAUAUAACACAAGUUGGACAUUUCCCAGAGUACAUGCAGUUGUGUUACUUUGCACUCCACAACUUUGUUAACGAAGUAGCAUAUGAUAUUUUUAAAGAACAUAAUGUCCUUAUUUUACCUUAUCUACGAAAAGAGUGGUUGGGCCUUUGCAAAGGACACUUACAAGAAGCAAAAUGGUACCACAGUGGACACACCCCAACCUACGAAGAGUACAUUGAAAAUGCUUGGAGGUCAAUAGGGGUUAAUCUAGUAUUACUGCAUGCUUUUAUCCACGUCAACAACCCAUUGAAGGAGAGUGGCAUACAAUGCCUCACAAAGUACCAUGAAAUAGUUCGCUUGUCAUCUCUCCUCCUCCGCCUUCCAAAUGAUAAAGGAACUUCAAUUUAUGAGCUGAAAAGGGGUGAUGUACCAAAAGCACUUCAAUGUUAUGCAAAUGAGGCUAAAGUCUCUCUCGAUGAUGCUCGUGAUUUCGUUGAUUCUCAUAUCAAUGAAACAUGGAAUAAAAUUAAUAAAUGUCUGCUUGAAGAUGACACUUUCACUAAAACAUUCGUUCAAGUUGCAAUGAAUGUUGGCAGAGUAUCUCUGUGCAUGUAUCAAUAUGGAGAUGGGCAUGGAAUUAAGAACUUAGAGACUCAAAAUCGUAUCCAGGCUGCAUUGUUUGAACCAAUUCCUCUAAUUAUAUAGCCAUAUGAAAAUGUUUGUGGAACAUCAAUGAAAAUGUUUGUGGAAUGGAUUAUUGUUGUUGUGGAGAAAUUGAAUCAUCGUAUUUAAUGUCGUAUGGUUGGUACUGUUAGGACUCUUGUUCUCCUAGUAGUAUACUUCUUCCUUGUAUAUAUUUAUCUCAUUGUAUCCUUGUCAAGUGAAUGUUCUAUUAUGUUACUCCUAA